AUGUCUCGUACUCAACAAAAAUUACAAGCUAUGUCAGCUCAAGAAUUAUUAAUACAAGAAAAAAAACGAAUGAUCGAAGAAAAAAUGCGCUUCGAUAAUACAAAGAAAAAUAAUAAUGAUUCUGUUCAUCAAAAUAAUGUGAACAACAAUUCGGAGCAUCAAUCAGCUGGAAAUAAUAUUUUUAAAAAUGAUGGUUCAUUUCUUGAACAAUUUCGAAAAACUCAAGGACAAUCAUCAAUAUUAACAUCAUCGGAAAUAACAAAUCAGAAUAAUAAUAUACAACAAUCGUCAUCUGGUACAUCAGAAUAUCUUUCUACAAAUCCUCCACAACAAUUUGGACCACCUUGGUUUCCGCCUAGUUCUCAACCUCCAUCUAUGUUUGAUCAGCAUGGUCCACCAUCGUUUCCAAUACCUUCGUUACCAUUUAACCCACCUCCACUACCACCUCCUCCAUUUAAUACACAAUCAGCUUUUUUUCCAUCUUCACCAUCUACUUCGAAUAAUCCAUCUAAUUUUAUUCCGCCACCCUUUAUUCCACCACCACCUCCUCCUUCAACAACAUCAUUAACAUCACCGGAAUUUCUUUCAAAAAUGCUUCAAACACCACCUCCACCUUUACCAGUUUCUGCUCCUGUAAAUAAUCUAUCAACAACAAUAAACAAUAAUAAUAAUGUCAAUAAUGCAGAUCUCUAUGAUCCAUUAAAAGUAGAAGAUGACGAUGAAGAAGAUACGGAACAAAAAACAACGUCAACUCAAAAACCAACAAAUCGAACAUUCAAUAUAAAAAAAGAAUAUACAAUCAAAAUUGAACCGAAUCAAUUUACGUCAACAAAUACUAAUCGUAAGUAUUGUUCUAACCUAACAAAACAAAAAAUGAAAACUUUAAAAACAUUUCAUUAG